UUCAUGACAUGAAUAAUGUCUGAAGGUCCUGUGUCAUUAGGUUGCAUGUGUGUGACAUUCUUCCUAACUUUUAUCAUGUUUUGAAUUUUAUGAAGAAAUAUGAGUAUUUUGCCUGUGUGCAUGGAUAUAUACCACAUGUGUACCUGGUGAUCCUAGUACUCAGAAGAUGAUCUCCCUGAAAAUGGAAUUAUGGAUAGUUUGACCUGUGAUGAUGUGCAUGUCAACUUCACUCAGGAAGAGUGGGCUUUGCUAGAUCAUUCCCAGAAGAAUCUCUACAAAGACGUGAUGCUGGAGACUUACAGAAACCUCAUUGCUAUAGGCUACAAAUGGGAAGAUCACAAUUUUAAAGUACAUUGUCAAAGAUCUAGAAGACAUGGAAGACAUAAAGGAAUUCACACUGGAGAGAAACCCUAUAAAUGUAAUAAAUGUGAUAAAGCUUUCUCACAACAGAAAAAUCUCCAAAUACAUAGACAAACCCAUACUGGAGAGAAACCCUAUGAAUGUAAUCAAUGUGGGAAAGCCUUUUUGCGACACAGUGGUCUACAAGUACAUAAAAGAACCCAUACUGGAGAGAAACCCUAUGAAUGUGAUCAAUGUGGGAAAGUCUUUUCACACCACAGUAGUCUCCAACUACAUAAAAGAACUCAUACAGGAGAGAAGCCCUAUGAAUGUAAUCAGUGUGGGAAAGCCUUUUCACGUUACAGUCAUGUUCAAAUACAUAAAAGAAUUCAUACUGGGGAGAAGCCUUAUGAUUGUGAUCAAUGUGGUAAAGCCUUUGCAUGUCACAGUAAUCUCCAAAUACAUAAAAGAGCCCAUACUGGAGAGAAACCCUAUGAAUGUACGCAAUGUGGCAAAGCCUUUUCACAACACAGUCAUCUUCAAGUUCAUAAAACAAUUCAUUCUGGAGUGAAACCUCAUGUUUGUAAUAAAUGUGGGAAAGCUUUUACACGUCAUGCUAAUCUUCGAAGGCAUAAAAUAACUCAUACUGAAGUACAAGGCUAUAAAUGUAAUCAAUGUGAGAAAGCUUUUUCACAAGUGAGUCUUUUCCAAGUUCAUAAAACAACUUAUCCAGGAGAGAAGCCCUAUGAAUGUAAUCAUUGUGGGAAAGCCUUCACCUGCCAUAGUUAUCUUUAAAGGCAUGCAAGAAUUCAUAUUGGAGAAUAAAUCUAUGAUUUUCCUCACUGUUAUAAAGACUUUGCAUUUCACCCUGGUCUUUGAAUCCAUGAAGCGUUCAUCCAAGAGGAAAACCUGUAGUAUGUAAUAAAUUUGUUAAAGCCUUCCUAUGUCAUGGUAGUCAUUGAGGAUAUGAAAGAACUGAGACUCUAGGGGAUUUGGUAUAAUAUUUAGUCAACAAACUUACAUUUAGUUACCCAGAUUAUUCUGAAGAAAAACUGACAAAUGUUAACAAUCUAUUCAGGCAUUAUAAUGUCUGUGUUUUGCUUGCAACUACAACCUCAUGGAUAAAGGCCCCAUGUAUUUAUUUAGUAAGGCAAACCUUUUAGUUAUUAUGCUUCUCUUCAAUUGCAUGAAGUAAGUCAUUCAGAGUAAAAUAUUAUGGUUGUGUACUAGUUUUUUUUUCUCUUUCCAUGAUAAAACACAGUGUCUAAGGCAACUUUAAAAGAGCUUAAUUUGGCUUAUGGCUCCAGAGUGAAACAGGCAACAAGUGAUAGACAUGAUAGCUAAAGCAGGAAGCUAAAGAUGACAUCCUCAGCCCAAAGCAUGAAGCAGAAAAUGGGAACCGAUGUGGUGUCAGGAUUUAAAAUCUCAAAACCCACCACCAGACUUCCUCUACAGGGUGCCGUUUUCUCAACUUUUCCAAAUGAUACCAACAACUGAGAAGUAUUGAUUCUAUGACUUUAGAGCCUACAUGCUUAUUUUCUGUUAUAUGAAACAACUCAUGAUAAAGAAAAUUUCUGUCGUUUGGUCUUUAUAUGCCUCAACUUCUGGGUUAUAAGAAUGAAUGCUUACCUAAUAAAAAUAGC